AUAAACAGACAAGAGUCAAAACAAGGUCUCGUUGGAGACACAAAUCCCAAGAAUGUUGUCUUCCAUGGUGGUUCCGGUGAAUGGGUUUUCCUUAAACCUUUCAAAACCUAACCUUGUUGUCUUCAAUGGCUCCAGAGUUUUCUAUGGAUCCUUCUCGCUUACUUGUUACAGGAUCAAGGUAAGAAGCUCUCAAAUAGGAAUUGUUGGAGACAAUGAUUCCGAGAAGUCUCGAGAUAGCAAAGAUGAAGAUGAGAAUGAAAGAGUAUCUGGAAAGGGAGUUCCAUUCAUAGUAAAGUUAGGUUUAGGGUUAGGAUUAGCUAUGAUUAUUACAGUUAUUAGUGUAGCCUUGAAAGGCUCUGGUGGUGGUGGUUCACCUUUUGAGGAGGUUAAGAGUUUGGCCAAAGUUUCAUCAUCUUCAGAAGGCUUUACGUUUAAUGCAUUUGGAAACAGAUUCAUGAUUCCAGGAAAUGCACCGGGAUGGGUUUACUUUUGGUUGCUAAUGGCAGCCGGAUGCGGACUUUUUAUCAGCGAAGAGGCUCUAAAUAUAUGGGUUGGGAUAACAUUGGCUAGAAUGUUAACUCUAGAUGGGACGUGGCAAUCGUUUGCUGAGUCUUUUUCUCGGAAUGCUCCUUAUAUAGUGUCUACUGUGUCAUGGGUUUACUGGGGAGUUUGUUUAAGCGAUAUGAUACCGUUUUACAUUGGUAAGCUCUUUAGACAAAGUGGAGCAUCAGAUGAUGUUUGUUCAAAGCUCGGUAUAGGUAAAGAGAAAGCGUUAAGCAUUACUCAGGCAGUCCAAAAGUAUGGCAACCUCUCAGGUUUUGGUAAGUAGCAAAUUGAAUGCAGGGGAAAACAUUCGUAUAGAAUGUGAUGAAUGAGUUUAUAUUGUGUUGAAUGCAGUGGAAAGAUUUUCUGUGGGAAUGAGGAAUCCUACAGCGUUCUUCGCCGGGGCUCUUGUAAGUCUGUUGCGGAAUUGAUUCAAUAUGUAGCAUAUGGUUAACCAAACCUAUCAUACAUGAAUCUUUACAGGGAAUAUCUCCAGAGUGUUUCUUUGCAGGAGUUUGUUGCGGUGGUUUGAUUACUCUUCCACUUCAGCUUGUGAUUGGGUUUCUCCUUAGAGAACGCCCCAUGUUUGCUCUUGCAGCAGUAGCAACUGCAGUGGGAAUAUGGACAAUCUUUCCCUAUGUGGUGGCUGCAUCUACGGCUUUGUUCCUCUACAUUCGCAGUCGCUACUCCACGAAAGAUUAGUUCUUCUUGUUACUACUCAAUAUCAAUACAUAGAAAGAUGUAAGAUCAUAUAAAAAGAUCAAUUAUAGUACUCAGCCAACCAAAUUAAUGGCUUUAUGUUGUACUGGAGUAUUAUGUACAAAGGAAUAUAGAUACAAACUUGCUCAAUUGAGUUUUUUAAAACAACUGUUUUGUGUUUAGGAUUGGGACAUCUUAAGAGUAUUUACAAAA